AUGGGAAACUCGCCUCAAUCGAAACAUCCAAGAGCUGCACGCAAAAAAAAAGGGUCUGUAGUCGAAGCCCAAGGUGUCAAUGAUCAAACUCAAGCACCCAAUAGUGGUCUGAAGCAUACAGACGCAGCUGUUCAACCGUCGGUCCCGCAUAGAGUAACCCGACGUAGUUUGGUCGAUAAUUCAAACCAACCUAAAGCUGCAACACAUAUUGAUGGCAUCGGGCAUAGAGAUAAGAGAACAGUGGAUGAAACAACCCGUAGUACAUCACGUGCGAAACGCGCCAAGAUGGUUGGGUCAUCAUCAAACCAGCGUGGUAGUAGUGACGACUUCGUUGAUGAGAUCCCUCACAACGAGCUUGACGAUCACAAUUCUAGUAGCGAUGAUGAAGAUGCGUUCCGGUCCGCGAAUACCAGGUCCACAACCGCCAUCUUUGUGAAGGCUGUGUCUGGUCUAUCUGAUGUGAAAAAACAGGCGGUGCUUGAGAUGGGGUUUGGUCAUUUGUUGGACUUGAAGAUAACGUCACUACCGCCGAAAAUGGGAUUUUAUCUAGUUGAGAAUUUCAACCACCUGGACCGUAAGUUGAGUCUUUAUGGUGGCGAAAAGAUACAUGUGAAUGAGGAUGACGUGUAUGCCGCGUUAGGAUUGCCUCGUGGAUCAAUACACAUAAUGAAUAAACAAAAAAGAGUCGAGUCGAGCAUUCUGAAUGAAUGGAUUGGUUUAUUCAAUGUCCGGAGACCAUCCAAUAUCACUGCAACUAAGGUGCUUGAGAAGCUUGAAGAAUGUUCCGAUGGUGGCGAUUGGUUCAAGCGGCAUUUUAUUGUUUUGAUGGUUACGUGCCUAUUUGAGAGCUGUCAGAAUGGGAUGGUGAAUUUUCGUAUUGUCCAUCUACUCGAAGAUUUAUCUAAGGUCAUCGACAUGAACUGGUGCUCCUACAUGAUAAGUUGCCUUGUGAACUCAAAAAAGACAUGGGGCGGUAACGCUAAGACGAAGAAAUACACGGGCCCUUUACUAUUUAUGACGCUAUUAUAUGUGGACAAAGUAGUGUUGUCGAUCAGAACCGUUCUAAGAUUGUUCCCGACAUUUAGGGCAUGGAGCAAUGAACUACUAAGGGAUAGAGAGCAUGCUGAGUUAGAUUCUGGGGCAUUUGGCAGAGGAUUUGUGGAUGCGGAUGUGAGUGUUCUUGACAGUUCCCGUCGUUAUGAUAAGCCGUGCAAAAUAUCCUCCAAGGACGACCCGACACGUGCAUCUGAAAAAUGUGUUCAAACAUUUGUGCAAGAGUUUGCUGCUAAAACCCAAAUUCUUGCCAAUACCGGUGUUGAAAUUCUACGGCAUGUCGAGAAUGCUCCACGCGUUCUAUUUGAGGACGAAAAUUUCGUGAAGAUGCAAUGUGCAGCUCAAAAGCUUCUCGGUGUUUCUAAUGACGAAUCAAAGUUGAAGUCUAGACACCAUAACUCCAGUCACCCUGCGAAUGUGCAAACAGGAUCCCCUGGUGCAGUUCCAACACAAUUGAAACCCUCACACGAUGUGAGUACUGAAGACUUCAAGUGUAAUGUGACACAGAUUACGGAUGAUGCAUUUUGGAACAAUCCAGACACGAUAGCAGCAAUAGAUGCGAUUAUCGAUGUUGUUGCAUGUCGGGAUCAUUUCAGGCAGAUGCAACUAGAAGAUGUACCUAGCUUUAGCUUAGGUCUUUCUUCAGAUGAGGAGGAGAAUGUUGAUCGAUGCCAUCAAUCAACAAAUGCAGUCGGCAUCUCGACUGUGGUAGAUAUACCAACAGCUUAUUGUGUUACGAACAACAUUGUGGACGAUGCUGGUGCUGGUGUCGUACGGGAUGAUGUUGCGUCCGAUAAUCCUGACGACCGUGAAGUGCAUGGACGUGUGACAGGCGUUCACUCGAAUCAUGUUUUUAUUGUAAGGAGGUGA